AUGUCUCCCAUCCGCCAAUAUCAACAGAAACUCGAAGGAAGCGGCUAUGAAGUUGAGAUCGAUUUAGGACAAUUGGAGUUCUCCAUUUCCCGUGAUACCCCCUUCAACAUGUCCUUCAGUCACAGAGGGAGCGAUCUUGUAUACAAGGCUACUCGUGUUGCACGAGGAUGCUGUAUCACAUGCACCACCCACGGUCGGACAAGGGAAGUUGCAAGGCUCUACCGCAGUAAAGACGAUGGCGAGUACAUCAAAGUCAAGUUCUCGGAGCAACAGGCUCAGUCCCUGGAAGACUUCUUGCUCGUAGUCAAGCCUCGCAGCAUGAUGUAUCGGAUCGACAUCGAUGAAGAGAUCUAUGCGUCGUUCUCCAAGGACCAUUUUACGUUGACGGACGCCAGCGGCACGGCGCUCGCGUAUGAUACUCGAGUACCAAUGGGCCUAUUCCGAGAGCGUAUACCAGCGAUCUUUCAUAUAUCAAUCGAUCUGCUCGAUACGAUGGACUACAUCUUUGUGGCGUACAUCUGCAUGGAGCGGUGGAGACGCGAGGGAACGACCAGUCUACAGUCCCGGGGGUAUUCACAGGCAUGGCAGAAUACGCCGGGCCUGUUGUGUUUUGAAGGUCCGUGGGGGGAGGUCAUGUAAUGAUAUGUUAUAAAC